GAGGAAUGACGCUAUGGAUUCCGACCAAUGAUGGACGUCUGGGUGUGUGACGUCACUCUUUUCCAGCCAAUGAAAAAGGACGGAGUGGAUAUAUAGUGGUUACAUCUCCGUAUGUAGGUCCUUUCAGUCGUGCCAGUCGACGCAGGCUUGUUGUUAAGAUCGGAACCUAACCAAUAACUUGCAAAAAUGGGUAAGGAGAAGAUUCACAUUUCCAUUGUCGUGGUUGGUCACGUAGACUCUGGCAAGUCAACCACCACUGGCCAUCUCAUCUACAAAUGCGGUGGUAUUGACAAGAGAACCAUCGAGAAGUUCGAGAAGGAAUCCAGUGAAAUGGGCAAGGGUUCCUUCAAGUAUGCCUGGGUUUUGGACAAGCUCAAGGCUGAACGUGAACGUGGUAUCACCAUUGACAUCGCUCUCUGGAAGUUUGAAACCAACAGGUUCUACGUCACAAUCAUUGAUGCCCCAGGCCAUCGUGAUUUCAUCAAGAACAUGAUUACAGGAACAUCUCAGGCUGACUGCGCUGUGUUGAUUGUAGCUGCUGGUACUGGUGAGUUUGAAGCUGGUAUCUCCAAGAACGGUCAGACCCGUGAGCACGUACUCUUGUGCUUCACCCUGGGUGUCAAGCAGCUCAUUGUAGCUGUCAACAAGAUGGACAGCACUGAACCUAAGUACAGUGAGAAACGUUUUGAGGAAAUCCAUAAGGAAAUUACUGCCUACGUCAAGAAAGUUGGUUACAACCCAACCAUUGUACCUAUCAUUCCCAUUUCUGGUUUCAACGGAGACAACAUGUUGGAGAAGUCUGACAACAUGUCAUGGUGGAAGAAGAGGAAGAUUGAACGCAAGAGUGGAUCUUAUGAAUACGAGACCCUCUUCGAUGCUCUGGACAACAUCGAGCCCCCAUCAAGACCUACGGACAAGGCCCUUCGUCUUCCUCUCCAGGAUGUAUACAAAAUUGGUGGUAUUGGAACAGUGCCUGUUGGACGUGUGGAGACUGGCAUCCUUAAGCCCGGUAUGGUGGUCAACUUUGCACCAACUGGACCUACCACUGAGGUAAAGUCUGUUGAGAUGCACCACGAAGCUCUGACUGAGGCUGUUCCUGGUGAUAACGUUGGCUUCAACGUUAAGAACGUCUCUGUCAAGGAGUUGAAGAGAGGUUUUGUAGCAUCUGACUCCAAGAACGAUCCUGCCAAGGAGGCCCAAGAUUUUACUGCUCAGGUUAUUGUGCUAAACCACCCCGGCCAAAUCCAGGCUGGAUAUUCCCCUGUGCUCGACUGCCACACUGCUCACAUUGCUUGCAAAUUUGCCGAAUUGGUGACAAAGAUCGAUAGGCGUACUGGUAAGGAGCUCGAGGCUGCUCCAAAAUGCGUUAAAUCUGGAGACUCCUGUAUUGUAAAGAUGGUACCUACCAAGCCAAUGUGUGUAGAAACAUUCCAGCAAUAUCCUCCCCUUGGUCGGUUUGCUGUCCGUGACAUGAAGCAGACCGUAGCUGUAGGCGUAAUUAAGGAAGUCACCAAGAAGGAAGCUGGUGGCAAGACCACAAAAGCUGCUGAAAAAGCCCUGAAGAAGAAGUAACCUACAUCUUAGAGACCAUAAUUGGUUUGUACUGUGUUAUCUAGUCUUUAAGAUGUAUGGUUUUUAUAAAAAUAAAGCUUAAGGAGGUUAUUAAACAUUGUUUUUGUCCGAUGCUCUAAUUGUCAUGGAAGGAUUCUUUUAAGUUUUCCACUAAAUGUAUCUUAUGUUUAAUAAAGCCUUAUUACUCUUA